AUGGAUUCAAAAAACACAAAACGAUCAGAUACAUCAGCAACAACAAAUGAAAAGACCUCCAGUCAGCCAUCCUACUUGAUAGUACAUGCUACUGGAGAAAAACCUUUUUCAAAUUGCUCUCCAUUUCUCAUUCAAAAAAUAUUCGAAUCAAGUAUUGGACACCUGAAAAAGAUACAGAAAUUGAGGUCAGGGGACUUACUUGUAGAAACUGCCUCAUCUCAACAGUUGGCAAAACUUUUAGUUACAAAGAAUCUGGGAGAUAUUGAAGUAACAGUCACACCACAUGGAAGUUUGAAUUCCUCACGUGGUGUGAUAUCUGAGAUUGAUCUGAUGUCUGAAGACGAAUCAGAUAUACAGAUUGGUCUUUCAGAUCAAAGUGUCACUGCUGUGUGA